ACUUUUCCUUUCUCUCUCUCCUCUUUCUUUCUCUCUCUAAAAAAAGCCGAAGGAAAAGCAGUGGGAGAGGACUGAGAGAGGAGAAGAAGCCCAACAUAAAUUUUCCGCCCUCCCAGAAAAAGCCAAAAAGAAAAGAAAACUCAAAUCUCUCCCUCUUUUUUUUUUCCCUCUCUCUUCGGAACCCUAGGAGAGAGAAAUUUUGCGAAGAACCGACGAAGAAGAUGGGCCAGAAGUCGCUGAUCUACGCGUUCGUCUCUCGAGGGACUGUGAUUCUCUCGGAGUACACGGAAUUCAGCGGCAAUUUCAACUCAAUAGCUUUUCAAUGCCUCCAGAAGCUUCCCGCCGCCAACAACAAGUUCACUUACAACUGCGAUGGCCAUACCUUCAAUUACCUCGUCGACAAUGGCUACACAUAUUGUGUGGUUGCUGAUGAAUCAGUUGGAAGACAAGUACCUCUUGCUUUUCUAGAGCGUGUCAAGGAUGAUUUUGUGUCAAAAUAUGGUGCUGGCAAGGCUUCCACAGCUGCUGCAAACAGUCUUAACAAGGAGUUUGGACCAAAAUUGAAGGAACAUAUGCAGUACUGUGUGGAUCAUCCUGAGGAGAUUAGCAAGCUUGCAAAGGUGAAGGCCCAGGUUUCAGAAGUUAAAGGUGUUAUGAUGGAGAAUAUUGAAAAGGUUCUUGACAGAGGGGAAAAGAUAGAACUUCUGGUUGAUAAGACUGAGAACCUUCAUCAACAGGCACAAGACUUCCGAACUGCAGGGACGAAGAUUCGAAGGAAAAUGUGGUUGAAGAACAUGAAGAUCAAACUGAUUGUUUUGGGCAUCCUUAUUGCGUUGAUCCUCAUCAUAGUCCUCUCUGUAUGCCAUGGUUUUAACUGUGGAAAGUGAGCGUUUUUCUCGGGGAGGCUUUUGAUCAUGUUGAUCAAUCAAUCUUUUGCGAUUAUUGUAUAAGAUAAAAACAUUCCCAUUGUAUGUAGUGGAAAAAGGCAGCUAUAUCCAGGUAUUUGGCACAAAGAAACCUAAAAUAUUGUGUGAAUGGAUAAUAUAUAAGUUUUUGUUCUGAAAUA